UAAAUUUUUUUACAGUGGUGGUUGAUGAAUAAAAUUGGCAGUUGGGGAUUAUGACUUUAUUAUUCUUUAUUUUUGCACAAUUUGUUAAAUUGUAAUUUUGGUUUCUCAAUUUUGAAUAUGCAAAGUUGAAAUCUAACAAAUUUUGCCUUUUUCCAUUUUGUUGUUGGAGAUGUGAUUUGGGGUUGAAAUUGUGCAAAUUGUGCAAAUUAUAGGUAUGCAUGAUGCUGUUGGAGUUGCUCUAUGCUCUGCUACUCCACCCACUGUAAAAUCGUGGAAUUCGCAGGCUAGGGUUUUCACUUUUGAACGGAGACUCUUUCUCUCUGUUCGUAAGCAUCUAUAAUUAUUCUGGUCUGAUUGAAGAAAUUGUGAAGGCGGCGUCUUCUUACUUCAAGAAGGUUGGAUACAACCCAGACAAAAUUCCAUUUGUCCCCGUUUCUGGUUUCGAGGGAGAUAACAUGAUUGAGAGAUCAACCAACUUCGACUGGUACAAGGCCCCAACUCUUCUUGGGGCUCUCGACUCAAUCUCUGAUCCAAACUCAGCUGAUAAACUAUUGGAGAAUUUCACGGUGGACAGCUUUACAUACUCAGUUGCACAAGUUAGAGCAACGUUUUAUCCAAAAUUUGAAAAUGACAAGUCUGAUCAAGAGGUUAGGACAAGAAUGGCAGAGAUGGUUUCGAAAGGCUUAGCUACAUUGGAGGUUUCCCUGAAGCAUUCUGGAUCACUUUUCAUGUAUGCUGGGCACGAGGGAGGAGCAUAUGCGAAGAAUAGCUAUGGGAAUAUUUAUACUGCCGUUGGCGUCUUUGUACUUGGGCGCAUGUUUCGUGAAGCAUGGGGUUCGCAGUGCAGCAAGAAGCAAGCCGAGUUCAAUAAGUUCCUUGAGAUUAACCGCAUGUGCAUAUCAAUGGAACUGGUCACUGCUGUAUUAGGAGACCACGGGCAACGUCCUCGUGAGGAUUAUGUUGUCGUGACUGCAGUCACCGAUUUGGGUUGUGGAAAACCAAAAUUUUAUUCAACUCCUGAAGUAAUAGCUUUUUGUAGGAAAUGGCGGCUACCAACCAAUCAUGUCUGGUUGUUCUCAACAAGGAAGUCUGUGAUUUCAUUUUUUGCUGCUUAUGAUGCACUCUGUGAUGAAGGCACGGCGACAACUGUAUGUAAGGCUCUUGAUGAAGUUGCUGAUGUAUCUAUUCCUGGAUCUAAAGAUCACAUAAAGGUGCAGGGUGAAAUCUUGGAAGGUCUAGUUGCUCGUAUAGUAAGCCGUGAGAGCUCAGAACAUAUGGAGCAGGUCUUGAGAGACUACCCCCUACCACCUUCGGAGGGAGAUAACCUGGGAUCCAGCCUGCGGGAAAUAUGGGCUGAAAAUAGAAGCGACGAGAAGCAGCAAAUCAAGGCACUUCUUGAGAGUGUCGAUGCCUCUUUCUUACCAAAUUAUAUGGAUUGGUUUGGAAAUGAUGUCGCUGAUGGUCAUUCAAGAAAUGCAGAUAGAUCAGUUGUGUCUAAGUUUCUGCAAGCGCUCCCAGCAGAUUUUUCCACUACCAAAUUACAGGAAAUGGUUCGUCUAAUGACGGAAAAGCGCUUCCCUGCUGCUUUUAAGUGUUACCAUAAUUUUCAUAAGAUCAACUCUGUAUCAAGCGACAGUCUUCAUUUUAAGAUGGUCAUCCAUGUACACAGUGAUUCAGCUUUUAGACGGUACCAGGAAGAGAUGAGGCACAAUCCAGGACUAUGGCCACUGUAUCGAGGGUUUUUUGUGGACGUGAACUUAUUCAAGAAUAAGAAGGGGAUAGCAGGGGAAUCCUCCCAGGAAAUUAAUUAUGGGAGUGAGACAAAUGCAAAAGAUGGUUUGGCUAAUGAAGAUGCUAACCUGAUGGUCAAGUUGAAAUUUCUCACGUACAAGAUCCGGACCUUUUUAAUCCGGAAUGGCUUGCCAGUUCUUUUUAAACAAGGUGAAGCUGCAUACAAGGCCUACUACCUGAGGCAAAUGAAGAUAUGGAAUACUUCAGCUGCAAAACAAAGAGAGCUAAGCAGGAUGCUGGAUGACUGGGCUGUAUACAUUCAUGAAACAUAUGGACACGAACAGCUGUCUUCAUUCUCGUACCUAAGCGAAGCUGAACCAUUCCUAGAACAGUACGCAAAGCGCAGUCCAAAAACUCAGGCUUUGAUUGGAUCUGCUGGAAGUCUCAUGAGAGAUCUCGCCAUCAUUGGUGGAAGCAGAGGCGAAGAGAGAGGUAUCAUACCUUCUAGUCCGACUCCGAUGGUGAAGAAAGUCAUUAGGAAGGACGAGGGACUCAUUGUCUUCUUUCCAGGAAUACCUGGUUGUGCAAAGUCAGCACUUUGUGAAGAGAUAAUGAGUGCACCUGGAGUACUUGGUGACGAUCGUCCAGUCCAUCAUUUGAUGGGCGAUCUGUUCCAAGGAAAAUAUUGGGGGAUGGUUGCCGAAGAAUGCUGCAAGGAACCUUAUUCUGUUAUCCUUGCAGACAAGAAUGCUCCCAAUAGAGGAGUUUGGAGACAGAUUGAGGACAUGUGUCGUCGCACGAAGGCAUCUGCAAUUCCAGUUGUACCUGAUUCAGAAGGGACUGAAUCAAAUCCGUUCUCACUCGAUGCUCUAGCUGUUUUCAUGUUCCGAGUGCUUCAUCGUGCUAAUCACCCAAGAAAUCUUGACAAGUCAUCUCCACAUGCUGGUUACGUGUUGUUAAAGUUCUACGAUCUAUAUCACGGCAAGAAUCGCAACGAGUAUGAGGCUGAGCUAAUAGAGCGUUUUGGUUCACUCGUGAAGAUGCCCUUAUUGGAACCCAACAGAGCUCCUCUGCCUGAAUGUAUAAGGUCUACUUUGCAGAAAGGAUUGGAUCUGUAUGGAAGAUUGAAACCCACCCGAGACGCAUAUUCCGAGUGGCCUGAAUGGGAGACUCAAUUGCGCGAGACUCUGCUUCAAAAUGUCGAAUAUCUGAAUUCUAUUCAGGUCCCGUUUGAAUCUUCUGUCAAAAGCGUUCUCAAACAACUUAAAGCAAUUGCUAAGGGAGAAUACGCAACACCUAGUGCUGAAAAACGGAGCUUUGGGACCGUUGCCUAUGCUGCUGUAAAUUUGCCGGUUUCAGCAUUCCUAGAUCUCCUUGAUAACUUAGGUAUGCAGGAUCCUAAAGUCGAAGGUUUCCUCAAGGACAAGGAUUUGAGAAGCAGUCUUACGAAAGCCCAUUUGACGCUUGCUCAUAAGAGAAGUCAUGGCGUAACCGCGGUAGCCAAUUACGGACCGUAUGUCAACCAAAAUGUACCAAUCAGUAUGCAUGCACUUUUAUUCUCGGAAAAAUCGGCAGCACUCGAAGCUGAACCUGGUGUGGUUGAUGGGGAGAAGUUAAGUUCGAAAAAUGAAUGGCCACAUGUGACAUUAUGGACUGCUGAGGGAGUUUCAGCCAAAGAAGCAAAUGUGUUGCCUCGUUUACUUGCCGAAGGGAAGGCUACGCGGGUCGAGAUCAACCCACCCAUCACAAUAACCGGUGUUCUAGAGUUCUUUUGAAUUUUGUUUUGGUGUAGGGUUAGCUCUUCUCAUUGUUGAUUUCAAUUUUGUUUCUUUGUUCAUGUUUAAGUUACAUACAGUUAUAUCAUUAAGGAUUUUAUUCAAGUUUGCAUUACUAUGGUUUAAGUCAAUAAAUAAAGGGGUUUUUGCGUAU